UGGGGUGCCCACAGGCAGGGUGUGUGCCCGUGGGGAUGCCCGUCUGUCCGUGGGGCUGUCUGUCCGUCUGUCCAGGACCACCCGCUCUCAGACCACCGCCUCCCCUCACCAUGUACACGGCGCUCCCCAAAAGCGGCUCCCCCUUCGGCCCCGUGCCCACCCGCCCGGGGCUGCACAUCUGGCGGGUGGAGAAGCUGCGCCCGGUGCCGGUGCCGGAGGCCUCCUGGGGCACUUUUUUUUCGGGGGACGCCUACCUGGUGCUGCACCUGGGGCCCGAGGAGCAAGCCCACGUGCACCUCUGGAUCGGCCGGGAGGCGUCGCGGGACGAGCAGGGCGCCUGCGCCCUCCUCUGCACCCAGCUGAACGCGGCGCUGGGCGAGCGCCCCGUCACCCACCGCGAGGUGCAGGGCAACGAGUCCGAUGAGUUCAUGGAGUAUUUCCCCCGCGGCGUCACCUACCAGGAGGGCGGCGUGGAUUCGGCCUUCAGGACCGUGCGCCCCGGUGCUGGCCCCGGCCCCGUGCGCCGGCUCUACCAGGUGAAGGGCAGGAAGAAAAUCCGGGCGACCGAGCGGGACCUGAGCUGGGCCAGCUUCAACACCGGCGACUGCUUCGUCCUCGACCUGGGUGAGGCCAUCUUCACCUGGUGUGGGGCCCGCUGCAACGUCCUGGAGCGCAGCCGGGCCCAGGAGCUGGCGGCGGCCAUCCGGGACGGCGAGCGGGGCGGCAAGGCCCGCCUGGAGGUGGUGGUGGACGGCGAGGAGCCACCGGAGAUGCUGCAGGUGCUGGGCCCCAAGCCCAGCUUGCAGGAGGGCAGCCCCGAGGAGGACGCGGCGGCCGACCAGAGCGCGGGGACGGCCGUCCUCUACAAGGUGUCGGACGCGACGGGGCGCAUGGACCUGACCGAGGUGGCCAGGAGCAGCCCCUUCAGCCAGAGCCUGCUCUGCCCCGACGACUGCUUCGUGCUGGACACGGGCGCCGGGGGGAAGGUCUACGUGUGGAAAGGGCGCAAAGCCAACGAGCAGGAGCGCCAGGCGGCUCUCAGCGUGGCCGAGGAGACCAUCACCCGCAUGGGCUACUCGCCCCGCACGCAGGUGGAGAUCCUGCCGCAGGGCUGCGAGACGCCCCUCUUCAAGCAGUUCUUCACCAACUGGAAGUGAGGGGGGGCACCACGGGGCCAGGACGUGCCCCUGCCACCCCCAGGCCAUUUCCAAGCCCAGGCCACCCCCGGGCCAUCCCCCAGGCCACCUCCAUGCCAUCACUCAUGCCACCGUCUCCACAUCCAUGCCACCUCCGUGCCCCCUCCACCUCCAUGCCCAAGCCACCCCCAUGUCCCCUCCAUCUCCACCCCCCUGCCACCCCAUCCCCACGCCGCUGCCACUCCCGUGCCCCAUCCCCUGCUGUCCCCAAGCCCGUUUUGUCCCUGUACCCACGCCUGUCCCCUGCCACCCCCCCCACCCGCUCUGCUGCUGUACCUCUGCCACCUCCACCCUGCCCCGUGCCCCCACGUCACUGCCGUGCCCACGCCACGUCCCCGUGCCACCCCCGUGCCCUGUCACUGCCAUGCUCACGUGCCACCCCCGUCCUGCACCCGUGCCCUGGUGAAUAAAGGCCCGAUGCUGA